AUGGGCUUUGAGGGUGAAAAUACCAAGAGGCCUAGCAUGGCUCCACCAUGGCUGCAAUGCCUGCGAAGUGCAUCUCAACAUAAGCUCAAGGUUUAUUUGCUUCAUAGGAAUUUGGAACCCAAGUUAUCAAAUUUCGGAGUAGCGAUGCUUAUGAUUUCGACUAAGACUUCACGUGUGAGUAGUGAUUUUCGGGAGAAGGCAUUUGUUAAGGAGGAUGUGCAUAUAUAUGGAGUUCUGCUGCUUGAGCUGAUCACUGGGGUGGAUACUAGCAGAAUGACUGAUUUCUCCAGCAGCAUUCUUAACGAUGUUGCCGGCAAUGGAUACAGUUCUUUACAAGAGAACGAUGUGAGUGAAGAUGAACACAGGACAAAGCUGGGUUCUUCUUUCAAAAGUGGGUUUGGAAUUGGUUUUGCAAUUUCUUCAGUUUCCAUUUUAGCUAUUUUCAUGUCCUGUUGUGUGCCUUGGUCUCAUCUCAACAAGAAGAAAAGGAACAGGGUGAUGAUGAAGGCCCCAAUGAUGGCAUCUUUGAUGGCAAGGCAGGAGAAGAAGAGAAAUGCAGCCAACAUACAGAUGCCGAUUUCAAAGCCUGAGAAGUUGAUUACGAGAGUAAGUUUCGUGGCACUAAAGAAAGCAACUGCUAGUUUUGACAGAGACAAUGUCAUUAGAGUCGGAAAGACCGGGACAAUGUACAAGGGAUCUCUCCCAUAUGAUUGUUUCACUGCAGUAAAGAGGUUGCAUAACACUCCACAUUCAGAAAAACGAUUCAGGUCUGAGUUGACGAUUUUGGGCAGGUGUAAACAUAUCAACAUAGUUCCACUCUUGGGGAUCUGCACAGAAUCGAGGGAAAGGAUUUUGGUGUACAAAUAUAUGCCAAAUGGAAAUCUUCACGAUUGGUUACAUCCAGUAAAAGGGGAAGCUAAGAUCCUAGUCUGGCAUCUCAGGGUUAAAAUCGCGGUUGGGAUAGCAAGUGGGUUGGCGUGGAUCCACAAUUAUAUUGAUUUCCAAAUAGUUCAUCGUAAGAUUAGCUCAAGUUGUAUCUUGCUUGACAAAUAUUUUGAACCUAAGAUAUCAAAUUUUGGAGGGGCAAUACUGUUCAAGGGCUCAAAUGCUAAAGGUUUCCCAGCACACGGUAAGGUGGGAGAAUUGGAUUUUAUCAGGAGAGAUGUGUAUCAAUUUGGUAUUCUUCUUCUUGAGCUGAUUACAGGAGAAAAUCCUGUUCAUAAUAGUGAAUUUUAUCGCACUCUAGAAGAGACUUUUGUGAAAUCUCUGCUUGGUGUAUUGACUGUCUGCUCCAGUCUGUAUUCUGCUAUUGACAAAUCUCUACUUGGUCAAGGAUGCGAUUCUCAAGUCCUUAAUUUUCUGAAGAUUGCCUCAAACUGUAUCCAGCCUAUUCCAGAUCGAAGGCCAACAAUGGUUCAAGUGCACAAAAUGUUGAUGGCUGUCUGGAAUAACAAUGGCCUCAAUACAGAUCCUGAGAUAUUGAGUCAAACUGAUAUGGUCUCUUCCAAUUCAAGUGGUGAUGGCUUUGAGCCGGAGAUAACAGAAGUAAAAUCAUAA